AUGCCUACAUGGUGGGGGAAAUCGUCAAAAGAGACCAAGAAGAAAGCAAAUAAGGAAAGUUUUAUCAAUACAUUUCACCGAAAAUUUAAAAUCCCAUCUGAAAGUAAAUCAAGCAGUAGAUCUGGAGGAUCUCGUAGACGUUGCAAUGACUCAAUCUCUGAGAAAGGGGCUCAGUCUCCUCCUGAAUCAAGAUCUCCUUCACCUUCCAAAGUGGCAAGGUGUCAAAGUUUUGCCGAAAGGCCUCAUGCUCAGCCACUACCACUUCCUGGCUUGCACCCAUCAAAUGUAAGCCGAGCAGAUUCUGAAAUUAGCAUAUCAGCUAAAUCAAGACUAGAAAAAGGCUCCAAACCAUCAUUGUUUCCACUACCAAAACCGGCUUGCAUGCGUGGUAGGCUGAACCCUGCAGAUUUGGAUGGAGAUCUGGUCACUGCUUCAUUCUCUAGUGAGAGCUCUGCUGACAGUGAUGAGCCUGUAGACUCUCGCAAUCGUAGUCCUCUGGCAACUGACUGUGAAAAUGGGACUAGAACUGCUGCAGGCAGUCCUUCCAGCUCGACGCCCAAGGAUCUAUCGUCUACUGUUUCCCAAAUAAAUUCAAGAGAAACCAAAAAACCAGCAAACAUUCUGGGUAAUCACAUGUCUUCUACAUCACCAAAACGGAGGCCUUUAAGCAACCAUGUUUCAAAUUUGCAGAUUCCUCCUCAUGGUGCCUUCUGCAGUGCACCUGAUAGUUCCAAAUCAAGUCCAUCACGGAGUCCUUUGAGAGUAUUUGGCACAGAGCAGGUGUUGAACUCUGCCUUUUGGGCUGGAAAGCCAUAUUCAGAGGUCAAUUUAGGUGGAUCUGGGCACUGCUCAAGUCCAGGUUCUGGUCACAAUUCUGGACAUAAUUCAAUGGGAGGGGACAUGUCUGGACAGUUAUUUUGGCAACCUAGCAGGGGUAGCCCUGAAUAUUCUCCUGUACCCAGUCCCAGAAUGACUAGCCCUGGUCCUAGCUCUAGAAUUCAGAGUGGUGCUGUUACACCUAUUCAUCCUAGAGCUGGGGGAACACCCAAUGAAUCACAGACAGGACGGAUUGAUGAUGGAAAACAACAGAGUCAUCGUUUGCCCCUUCCUCCCUUGGCAGUGACCAAUACUUUACCUUUCUCUCAUUCAAAUUCUGCAGCAACUUCUCCAUCAAUGCCAAGAAGUCCAGGAAGAGCAGAUAAUCCAAUAAGCCCAGGGUCACGUUGGAAAAAAGGAAAACUGCUUGGCAGAGGCACAUUUGGACAUGUCUUUGUUGGAUUUAAUAAGGAAAGUGGUGAAAUGUGUGCUAUGAAAGAGGUGACUCUGUUUUCAGAUGAUGCCAAAUCUAAAGAAAGUGCUAAGCAAUUAAUGCAGGAAAUUACCUUGUUAAGUCGAUUACGGCAUCCAAGUAUUGUGCAGUAUUAUGGUUCUGAAACAGUAGGUGACAAGCUUUACAUAUAUCUAGAGUAUGUCGCAGGAGGCUCCAUAUAUAAACUUCUUCAAGAAUAUGGACAAUUUGGUGAACUAGCUAUUCGUAGCUUUACUCAACAAAUUUUGUCCGGACUUGCUUUUUUACAUACUAAGAAUACUGUCCACAGGGACAUCAAAGGAGCAAAUAUACUGGUAGAUACUAAUGGCCGGGUUAAGUUGGCAGACUUUGGCAUGGCAAAACAUAUAACAGGGCAAUCAUGUCCAUUAUCGUUUAAGGGAAGCCCCUAUUGGAUGGCUCCUGAGGUUAUAAAAAACUCCAAUGGUUGCAACCUUGCUGUUGAUAUAUGGAGCCUUGGAUGCACAGUUUUGGAAAUGGCUACAACUAAACCUCCUUGGAGUCAAUACGAAGGGGUUGCUGCCAUGUUCAAGAUUGGUAAUAGCAAGGAACUGCCAACAAUCCCAGAUCAUUUAUCUAGUGAAGGAAAGGAUUUUGUUAGGAAAUGCCUACAACGGAAUCCACACAACCGCCCCUCAGCCAGUGAAUUAUUGGACCACCCUUUUGUAAAAUGUGCUGCACCUUUAGAAAGACCUAUUCUGGGUCCUGAUGCUUCUUCAGACCCAUCUGUAUCUGGGAUCACACAAGGAGCUACAACUCCGGGUAUUGGACAAGGAAGGAAUCCUUCUACAUUGGAUUCAGAUAGACUUUCCAGACAUUCUUCUAGGUUUCUGAAAACUAACCCUCAUGCAAGUGAAAUCCAUAUUCCGAGGAAUAUAUCCUGCCCUGUCUCACCCAUUGGAAGUCCACUUUUGAGGCCAAGAUCGCCACAACAUAUGAAUGGGAGAAUGUCUCCCUCUCCUAUAUCCAGCCCUCGGACUGCUUCUGGUGCAUCCACGCCUCUUAACAGUGGUAGUGGUGCCAUUCCAUUUAGUAAUCACUUAGUUUACAUUCAAGAGGGUCUUGGAAACAUGCCAAAGCCCUCAAAUGGUAUCUACAUUAGUGGCCCUACUCAUCAUGACUUGAACGUUGACAUUUUUCGAGGAAUGCAACAGACAACUCACAUGACAUCAGAACUGGUUAUAAGUGAAAGUGAUGUUCUGGGCAAGCAGUUUGCUCGGUCCCCUCGUAAUGAGUCAUAUGAUGUUCAAUCAGUCUUGGCUGAUCGUGUUUGCCGGCAGCUGCUGGGGGAUAAUGUGAAAAUCAACCCAUCCCUUGAUCUAAAUCCCAACUCUUUGCUCAGCCGGGCUAAUGGUUUAUGA